CUGCCCACAAUAUCAUUGUCAACGACACUGAAUUUAUUGCGAAUCUCGGCUCCCUCCGCGGCAGCUUCACCAUCUGAGCUAGCAAGAGUGACUUGGUAGAGGCACCGAUCCAACGCGGCUUCCCAGAAACCGUCUCAUCACCACAUCAAGUCAACAUGUCUAUCCCGAACCAAGCGCUUGAAAAGCUGAUUCGAGAAAUCGAAAGCCAAGCCAUUGUGGCCCAACAGCAGAUUGGCCAGGCGCGCACACAAAUGACAGCAAAGCAACGUGAAAUGCGCAUGGUCCGUCUGACGCUGGAUGAGGUUUCCACCUUGCCCUCAAACCUGAACGUCUACGAAGGUGUCGGCAAGAUGUUCGUCGCGUUGCCCACUCCGCAGCUUACACAGAAACUGGAGGGCCAAAUCAAGGAUAGGGAAGGCGAGGUUGAAAAGCUGAGCCAGAAGCUGCACUACUUGGAGACAACAUACAAGAAUAGCCGGCAGCACAUUGACCAGAUGCUCAAGGCACAGUCAUGAUGGCAGAUGCUGUAAGAGGAAAGAGGGAGGGGAGCUAAAUCAUGGGACCAGGAGCU